UUUUACUUCCCCCCUUUCAGCACUGCACCUUUCUUCUCCAUUCUCCCGACCACAACCCUUUUCUGCUCUCAUUUCCUUUUCUAAAUUUUAGCCACAAAUUGACGCGUCAGCCUUCCAGCUUCUUCCAAUUUCAUUUCAUUUCUUCUCAAACGCGUCAACCCCACAACACUGCAGAAACAGAAUUCACUCCAGCCCCAGAAAAACGUAAUUCACAUCUUCCUUGGCAGCCCCUCCAUUUCACACAUUUCAGCCACGCGUUAGCCCCACUCUUUCACACUGCAGUUCUAUGCUCCAGCUUCAACAAAACUCGCACGUUUCUUCCUUGCCAGCCCCACCACUUCAUCCAUCUCAAGCAAAAAUCUGACGCGUCAACUUGAAACGGAAAACAUCACACUCGUCAGCCCCACUUUUUUUUCCAUCCUAAAAUUCGUAAAUUCGUCAGCCUUCCAGCUUCUUCCAAUUUUAUUUCUUCUCAAUGCGUCAGCCCCUAAUUUUUUUUUUCGCACUUGUUCCCUCGAAUUUUCACUUCUUCCUCACACUAAAGCCACGCAUCCAAGUCUAAUUUUUCUUCACAUUUCUUUUCAAAACAGUCCCACAUUUUUUUAGUCUACAUGGAACAAAUUUUUCGUUCUAAAAUGGGUCGGAUUAAAUGCAUUUCUAACAAAAAGAGGCCAUAUGAACGCCUGAGCAAUUUGUCUUCAACAGCACCAUCAUCCUCUUCUCCGAGAACCAGCGACACAACAUCACCGUCACCUCCUCGUUCAGCUCUGAAGACAUCUAAAAAUGCAUUGAAGCCCAAAAGAAAGCAGCAGGAACACAAAUCACGUCCUACAGCAGUGAAACGUACUCCACGGGCAUCUCGAGCAAGCUCUGGACCUUUGUUACUCUUCCCCCGCACUUUGCAAUUUUCUGAUAUCGAUCAAAUGAGCAGGGACAAUGUUUGCAUUUUCAUCCAAUUUCAUCACAUGAGCUUAUCCUGAGCCAGGGAGUUUUCAUCUUUUUCCUCUUCUCUUAUCCAUGCUUAGUUAUGCUUUCUUUAUUACAUGUUGAAUAAACAUUGAGGACAAUGUUUGUCUUAAGUGUGGGGGGAGUCUUUAAUGUUAAUUUUGCAAUUUCAUUUUCAAUUCUUAGAUUAGGUUUAAUUUUCAUGUAGUUUUUAUUUUCAGUUUUAAAUCAAGCCCCCAUUUGUUUAUCCCUUCUUUGAUUUUGGACUAAAUUUUGCAAAUUCACUUUUAGUACCUUAAAAGACACAUUUGUGAAAAUAUUUUUAGGUGAUAUGAAUGAUUAGAGCACCUUUGGCAAUCGAACCCACUUUUUGUCUGUAAAAGGCAAAGAGUGUUGAUACAUUCAUGAUUGGUGAUAGAGUUACUAUUGUUGCAUUUGUCGUUCAGAGUUUGUUGUGCAUGUGGUCAUCUUUUUCGAAAUUGUUUUGCUUACUUAGAGAGGGCUUAUUCGUGCUUAGACAUAUUUUUUUUAGUGUCUCACGAGUCCUAGAACUUGUCACUCAAUCUUUCGAGGCGAAAUAAAAGUUGCUUGCAUUGAUAAGGGAUAUGAUAUAGGCAUUUCUUUGAUUCUUUGUAUACCUCAAAUUGCCUUAUUCUCUUAGCUAACCUUUAUAAAUGUUUAAUCUCUUGUUAGCCCUUUGAGCCAUUUUCUUUUGUGUUUUAUUUACAACCUUUUGCAUUUUCUUUGUUUUAACCCUCAAUCACCCACCUAGCUAAUAAAUUUAUUAAACCUACCCUUUACAUGAGUAUAUUAUUGAUGAGAUAAGUGGAUUUGCAUGUGUUUUUUUUUAGAUCAAUUGAAAAGGAAGAAUGAAGAAAAAUGAGAAAGUCAUGGCAUUAACAUUCUAUAUGCCCCAUGUACAAAGAAAUAAGUUUGGGGGAUUUUGAGAGAAUUAUAUAUAUUCAUACAUGUAGCAAAAAAAAAAAAAAACAAAAAAACAAAAACAAAAA